GCUGCAACCAGCGAAGCAACUUCUCGACUAAUUUCUGCACAAAACAAACAGUCACGGUCCUCCGCUCUACACCCUCGACCCUUCUCCGCCUUAUUGCCGCCUCGCCGCUUCCUCGAGGCGCGCUCCCUUAUCUCCAUCACCUUACUGCAUCUUAGCGCCGCGAGCACCCCAGACGGAUGCCCAUUACACGCGCAACGGCUUUGGCCAUGAGCGACGACGCCGAAGAGUCGACACAGCCGCGCGCGUCGCGCUUCAAGGAACACACAAACACAAACGGCAGCAUACGACCGCCGCCAGACGAGCUAUGGAAAGACAUCGGUAUCGAAGAGCUGAUCGAGCAGUUCAACGAGGAGAACGCGAAGCCGCCGACGUCGAGAAAGAGCUCUGCGAACCGCAUGCCCCGCCUGGUCAAGUCGGCUUCUUCGAGGGCAGCUUCCGGUAGUGGGACCCCUACGGAAUCCAGCUUUAGCACAACCGUACAGGCAUCGGCAACCGCGCCGACAGAGACGACUUAUGCUCGCCUACAACGCGCGUUCGCCUCCAUGUUCGGCAGUGUUCUGGGCAAGCGCAAAGCUGGGAACGCAGACGCAGAGCGGGAGAAGGACCAGCACCAGCAACUACUAGAGCAGCGCAAGAGGGAUGCCGAAAUCGCCUAUCAUGAAGCGAAGGACCUGGGCCUUCUCCCUCAACCAAAAGUCUUCGUACGACCCGCUAUGAGGUCGCGGCAAUUUGGUACACCAUAUCAGCCUGUUGCCGCUGAGAAGAUGCAGCUUGGCUUGACCGCAGCCAUGGCCGAGGCUGCGACUCCAAUCCGCACACCGCGAACACCGACCCUCCGCCACACCCCCAGCAAGAAAGACCUGCACAAGCAGAAGAAGCUCACGAAGCGCGUCUCCGACCUCGAGUACAAGCUCGCCUCUGCGAAGAAGGAGCUCCAGACCGUCCUUUACAGCGACAUACCGCCCGUCCCACGCAUCCCCGACUUCGCACCACCCACCCCGGACGUCACCCCUAGCGAAAACGAAGACCCAUCACGAAACACAACCCCAGUCGAAGUUGAGCCACCCGUCAGCAUCGGCAAGAUUGUAAAGAAGCGCAAAGCCACCCUCCAUGACUCGGACGGCGAGUACAAACCCAUACCCACCGACUCCGAAGGCGACAUCGACAUGUUCUCCGCUGCGUCCGCCUCCGAAGCCGAAGUGUCGGAGCGCACCGAGCGCAGUAUAAAACGCGUCAAGAGCACCGCGAGCAAGAAGAGCCCCAGACGAUCUAGUUCGAGGCUCACCAAGCGCUUCUCGAGGAGUAAUCUGAAGAGCGAAGAGCCUGUGCGCGUUGUGCCCGAUGGUAGGGAUGUCCCUGACGUGCCUAGUAUACCGCGCGAGAUGGAGGGUAAGGGCAAGAGGGUCAAGGUUGGGGAUGAUGGGUUUGGAGGGUUGGGCCAUGAGAUCUUUUGACUAGAAGAUUGAUGAUACGUUUGGAAGAUGUUGAAAAGCUUGCUUUGCCCGAAGACACCAUUGGACGUUGUUCGCAUUAUCAGCCUAGGAACAUCUUGCAUAGCACAUGGAGCGUGCGGGAAAGGCGUUUGCUGGGUAACUUGUCCCCUACCCCUUUUUCUCUGCUUCUGAUUCGUUU